AUGGACAGUCCUCUGUCCAAGAAGCAGAAAACCCAUGUAAGUCAAAACGAGGACUCUUCGUUCGAAGAAGACUCGGUUGACGUCACAAGAGCCUCGAGAUCAAGGACGCCUCGGAAGCUCGUUUUGGGAUCUCCCAGUAAGCAAUUUGCGGUCUCACAGCCUGGGAAUUCUUCGUCUUCUAAUGUGCCGUUCUUGCAACCCUUGAGAGACGACUUCCUAAGCUCUAGAAGCUGUGUUUAUUCGCAAUCGCCGCCUAGAUCGCCAAAUAGGUCCCCAACUCGAAAAUUAGAGCUCAUACAAUUGUCACCGACCAAAAAGACGAGACUGGAAAUACAAAAACUGCAAGAAACUCAAAAUGGGCUGCAGCCGGUCCAACGCCUCUGCAUUAGCCGUUUGGUGCUAACGAAUUUCAAAUCUUAUGCGGGUACGCAGGUCGUGGGGCCUUUCGACACCUCGUUCUCCGCUGUUGUAGGCCCCAACGGUUCGGGUAAAUCAAAUGUUAUCGAUUCGCUGCUUUUUGUGUUUGGAUUUCGCGCAAACAAAAUGCGGCAAGGAAGACUUUCCGACCUGAUCCAUAAGUCGGAAGCAUUUCCCGCCCUAAGCUUCUGUCAGGUCGAUAUCUUCUUCCAGUAUGUUCAAGAUGAGCCAGAUGGAAAGACCACUGUAAAUAAGACCAAGCAAGAACUCGUCGUUAGUCGGAAGGCUUGGAGAAACAGCUCAUCGAAAUACUACGUCAAUUGUACAGAGAGCAGCUUUACACAGGUCACGCAACUCCUGCGAAAGGAAGGCAUUGACAUGGAUCAUAAAAGAUUCUUGAUUUUGCAGGGAGAAGUUGAAAGCAUAGCACAAAUGAAGCCGAAAGCUGAAAAGGAAAGUGAUGAUGGACUACUAGAGUAUCUUGAAGAUAUCAUUGGUACAGCACACUAUAAACAGCUAAUAGAACAGACGCUUGUUGAGAUUGAGCAAUUAAAUGAGACGUGCCAAGAAAAAGAAAAUCGAUACGAGAUUGUCGAGCGAGAGAAGAGCUCAUUAGAAUCUGGUAAAGAUGAGGCUCUUGAGUUUCUCAGGAAAGAAAAAGAACUGACAAUUUUGCGAAGUAAAUUGCUUCAACAUAGCUUGUGGCAGAGUGAUACAAAGCUCACAAACGUCAAACAAAAAAAAAUCACACUAGAGGAAAAGCUAACCCGUGAGAGAGAAACUUACAUUCAUCAUCAACAAGAAGUCAAGGAACUAGAAGAUCAUUCUCGAAGUUUAAAGUCAAAGCUUGCAGAUUUGAAGGAAAAAGAACGAGCUCUCAGGCUAAAGAAACGAGACUGCGAUCGGGACAAGAUCUCAGCGGAAGAGAGGCUUAAGAAUCUAAAUCAAAAAAGAGUGAAGUCUGAAAAAUCUCAAAAUCUAACACAGGCCUCGAUUGGGAAAAUUGAGACAAAACUUAACGAACUGCUUAAAGGCCAAGAACAGUACGGUGGUGAGCUUGCAGAGCUAAAUGUCAAUUUGUGUGAAGAAAAGGGCAAAUUGGAUGAAAUCAAGCUUUCGCUGAAGGAUAAAACCGGUGCCAUUUCGGACGAAAUUGCGAAGAUCCAAAGAGAUCUUGAACCUUGGAACGCUCGCCUUCAGGCGAAAACAUCUCAGCUUAAACUCGAAGAGACCACGAUAUCAGUGUUGAAAGAAUCGCAUGUGAAGAUAAUACAAGAAAUAAAAGACGCUGAGAAUCAAGUUGUGUCUCUCAACGAAAGAACCGCCGAGCUCCGUGAGACAAUCUCAUCUCUCAAUAAAGAGGGAGUUAGUGUAAAAACACAGUUAAAGAUGGGUCAAAGCGAAUGCGACAACGCUACUGUCAAAAUAAAAGAAAUGAAAGCUGUUCUCACUGCCCACCGACAGCGAAGCGUAGAUGCCCGGUCAUCACUUUCCACUUUCGAGAAUAAAAACAAAGUUCUUGCGGCGCUAAUACGGCUCAAAAAAUCGGGUCGCAUUUCUGGAUUCUAUGGUCGUCUGGGGGACCUUGGUGUAAUUGACGACAAGUUUGAUGUUGCGAUAUCGACUGCUUGCCCGAGACUGGACGAUAUUGUUGUUGACACCGUAGAAUGCGCCCAACAAUGCAUAGAGUAUCUCAGAAAAAACAAACUUGGUUAUGCGAGAUUCAUUUUACUUGACAAGCUCAGAAAUUUCAACUUGAGACCGAUCCCGACGCCAAACAACGUCCCCAGACUUUAUGACCUGGUAAGGCCACACGACGAGAAAUUCAAAAAUGCAUUCUACAGUGUUUUGAGAGAUACACUGGUGGCAAAAGAUCUAGGAGAAGCAAACCGUGUGGCCUAUGGGAAACAGAGAUUUAGAGUUGUGACGUUAGACGGAAAGAUGAUCGAUCUAUCGGGAGCAAUGAGUGGUGGUGGUAACUAUAGAGCAAGCGGAAUGAUGAAAUCAGAACGGCAAGACGGCGCGAACACUUUCACAGCGGAAGAAGUUCAUCGCAUUGACGCUGAACUUGUUGAAAGGGAGAAGAACUUUCAGGUGGCAAGCGAAACUCUUCGUGAAAUGGAAGAAGCAUUGCAGAAGCUGAAAGAUAGGGAGCCGGAAAUUGAGCUGGACAUUUCCAAAAGGGAAAUGGAUAUCGAGUCUCUGCUCCUGGAAAUCAAGUCAAGUGAACAAAAACUGGCAAACCUUCGUAAGGAAGAUGUGCAGAAAAACUCCUCAAAUAAUGAUUUAUGUGUGGCAGAGGCCAAUGCGGCGACGCUAAGAAACGAAUGCAAAGAACUCAAGGAAGAGAUGAGGACCAAGAAUUGCGCUUUAAAAGAUCUUCAAGAACAAAUCAUGAAGAUAGGUGGUACAGGCCUCCAAAUGCAAAACUCAAAAGUUGAGUCUAUCACCCAGCAUAUUGAAAUCAUACUUGGAAAGCAAAAGACUGACAAGGCUGCCAUCCGGAAAGCGGAGAGCGAUUUGCGGCGCUUCAAGCGGCAAGACGAAGAUCUUACUAGAGAUGCUGCCAGUUUUAAGGAAGAGCUUCACGAAAUGGAAAGCGCACUUUCUGAGGCCAGUGAACGGCUUUGCGAGCUUGAUACAGAGCUUGAAAAACUGAGCGAUGAAUGUGCAAGUUUGGACGAGGAGUUUAAAGGGAUGGAGGAACUAUUGGAGCAGAAAUCGAAUGAAGACAAUGGAUUCAAAGUUCUAGAAGUUGACAUCAAUAAUCAAUUGGAGAAACUUCAGGAAGUAAUUGGGGUGGUGCAAAGAGAGCAUGCGUCACUUCAGCGCCAGAUCGAUGCAUUAAGGAUACGUGAUGUCACGACAAUACUGGAAAAGCUGGACGAAAAUAUCCUUCCAGAUGACUAUAUGCAAUCAGCACCAGAUGUAUCAGAAAAAUCACGAGGAAGCGAGGUUGGUGGUGGUGAUGAAGACAUGAUGGAUGUCGAUAUGUUGGAGAAAACCGAAGAACAGUCUUCGAAUGCGCCUGACGGUGCAGAAGCUCCUACUGGAAUGGAAAUUGAUAGCGGUUGUGAUGGGUCGUCCAGCCAAUUGAUCAAGUUGUCUUUGUCAGAGCUUGAAUUACUGGAUGUUGAGAGUAUUGCACUUGAAAUAGACCAGCUCAAAGACUUCAUUGAUAAUGCGCACAUCGAUAUUGAGGUCUUGGACGAGUACGCAAAAAGUCUGGCAGACUUCCGUGCCCGCAAAUUAGACCUGAACUCGGCAGUCGAUAAAAGGGAGCAGGUACGUCAAGUCUGCGAAGACUUGAAGAAAAAGAGGCUCGACGAAUUCAUGGAUGGCUUUAAUGCAAUUUCCAUGACUUUGAAAGAAAUGUAUCAAAUGAUAACUAUGGGAGGUAAUGCGGAGCUAGAACUUGUUGAUAGCUUAGAUCCGUUCUCAGAAGGCGUACUUUUCAGUGUUAUGCCUCCAAAAAAAAGCUGGAGAAACAUAUCCAAUUUAAGUGGUGGAGAAAAGACGUUGAGCUCUUUAGCACUUGUGUUUGCUCUCCAUAAGUACAAACCGACGCCUUUGUAUGUUAUGGAUGAGAUUGAUGCCGCGCUUGACUUCAGGAACGUAUCCAUUGUUGCGAACUACAUCAAGGAACGUACAAAAAAUGCCCAGUUUAUCGUGAUUUCUCUCCGAAACAAUAUGUUUGAGCUAGCGCAACAGCUGGUAGGUAUUUACAAAAACAGCAACAUGACGAAAAGCGUCGCGUUGCAAAACAAAGACUUGAUUGACAGGUCUUGA